AUUACGCAAUGUGUAUGUAGUGAUCAAAUUUUUGCCGAUGUCAAUGUGUCAGUUUAAGUAACUCGCAGCUCAAUUUCAGGCCUUCCCGUAGGUCCCCUGCGGUUGUCUUUCACGUACACAGUUCAAAAGUGUCUUAAUUUUAGAGGAAGAUCGCCCAUGUGUUCUGAAAGAUAUGGACUUGAAAAACUUAGUUGGACAAGCCGCAACAGUGUGUACCAUAGCUGUUUUCCUUUCUGGCACAGAAAUAUGUAGAAAAAUUUAUGCUAAGAAGAGCACAAAUGAUAUAUCUGCUCUUCCGAUUGUGUGUGGAUUAGUAAGCUGCUCUUUAUGGUUGCGCUAUGGCAUAUUGAUCAGUGAUUCAGCUUUAAUGAUUGUGAACGCCACAGGCGUGACUCUUCAAUCACUGUAUACUUUGUGGUAUGCCAGGUUUGCAUCUAAUAAGGGCAUCUUUUACAGACAAGUAUUUUUUGCUGUUUUUGUUAUUGGACUUUUAUAUUAUCUGACAACUUAUACAGUUUUACAAGAAAAUGCCAGAAGCAUAUCUGGCAUUGCAGCUUGUAGUGCUGGUGUUUUGUUUAUGGGUUCACCUUUAGCCGCUGUGGCACAUAUCUUGCGGACAAAAAACACAGACUCUCUACCUCUUGCCAUGAUUGUUACUACAUUUGUGAUGGCUACCUUGUGGUUUUAUUAUGGAAUCUUGACUGAUGAUAAGUUUGUACAAAUUCCAAAUUUCCUUGGUGCUCUUCUUGCUCUAUCUCAACUAUGUCUUUUUGCAAUAUUUCCGAAGAAAAAGCCAUACUAUGAGCUUCCUACAGUUUAAUAUUGUAACAAGUAUGUUAUACAUACAAAUUAUGUUCUGCACAUGUUUCAGUGUGCUAAUUUUAAAUGGAAUGUGGUUGAUUAAAUCACAAGAUAUUUUUAUCAAAAAAAUUUAAAAAAUUGUGCCAUGUGUCUGCUAUAAAAUCUAAACUUAUAUCUAGUCCCUUUGUUAUUAAGAAUAAGUCACCCAUUGUCAGGGGUAUAUAUUUAAUAGUUUUUAAAAAAUUGCAUUUUUUGAAAAUUGAGCCUCCAUAAUGUGAAUAUCUCGGAAGUUUUGUUGUGAUUUUCAUUUGAAAUGUUGCCUCCCAGUAUUUACAAAACAUAAUUUUUUUUGUAAUUUCUGAGAAGAUAUUGAAACUCUUAACAUUUAUAGGAUUAUUAGUCAUCAACAAAAUUAGCACAUUAUUUAUUUAAUUUCAUUUUGCUUUCAAUUUUGAAAGCUCUUGUGGAUACUACGUGUUUUUUUCAAGUAAUGUAUUGACUAAUGUUUAAUAAAUAAAUCAUCAUGUGUAAAUAUGCCUCUUAGUACAAAAAAUAUAUGUAUAUAUUUUUUUUACCAAUCAAAAUUUGAAACAGAAGCUUGAGCCCCUGACAAGAAUACAUUGUCAAAUGUAACUUUAAUAUUUUUAUACCUAAGCACUUUGGUUCCUUUUUUUUUUUUUUUUUUUUUUCUCCUCAAAAGUUGUGAUAGUUAUAAUCUGUGAUUUUGUUCUUUUAUUUAUUUUUCCCCCUUUGAAUUUGAAAAAAAAAAUCUUACCCUUCGUUUUUGCAUUUAAUAAGAUGUUUAAAAUUGCUUUCUUUGUAUGUUAUCUCUAGAUGCAAGUAUUAAACAUUUGUAUUGUUGUUAAAUAUUUUCAUGUAAGUAUUCCUGCUUAUUAUUUAAUGGUACUUUUAAAUUGCUCAAUAUUCUGCAUUUAUUGUGUAUUUGUUUUUUAUUCCUGUUUUCAAUUGUGUAAAAUGGGCUUUGUUUUUCUUCAUUAUUCUUGUCUUGCUAUAAAGUAAAAGAGCAAUAAAGUUUUGACAUGUGAAUACGUAUUAUAAUAACCAAAAUUAAUUAAUGAGCACUCUGCUUUUAAGUUAAUAAACAAAAAAAAAUUUGAGGGAUAUUAAUUUAAACUGAAGAAAAAACCUAACUUUCAUCAUUUAUUGUGAAUUUUUAUAAAAAGUUAUUUUAUAGGAAUAGAUUUUGGCAUUAUCCCCAUUAAACCUGCCUACCUGGUUUGUUUGGUACUGGAAGUAGUUAUAACUAAUUAUUAAUUUUAAUAGAUAUACUUAUUAUCUUUCAAAAUCUUAGUUCAGUUAAUAUUCAAGAUGAGAAAAGGACUUAGUUUUAUGGUUUUUUUUUUUUUUUUUUUUUUUUUUUUUUUUUUUUUCCACUUAACCAAGUGACACCUUUUGUUAGCAAAAACUUAGUAUGGAAUAGUUUUUAUAGGUUUUCAAACAAAAUUGUUUUGAUGUGAUUUGUCCAUCCCCACCUUGAACAGAAAAAUUUCAGUUUGCAUGCAUUUGUACUUCAGUAUUUUCGUAUUUGUGUGGAUCAUUUUAUUCAGAUUGCAAAAAUUCAUCUAUUGAAUAGUUUAUUUGUCGUGAGUUAUGAUCACAGAAUAUUUUAAAAUCAUUUGAAGUAUCAAAUUGAAUAUAAAUUUCCUACUUUUCUCCUUUACAACUGUUGCGUUAGCUCAAUGUAUGUUUAGUUUACUGAAAGUUAAGUAUUAUUUCUUAUUACCAUUUGUAGCAUGUUGUAUCAAUCCCAUAAGAGAUCAUAAAAUAAAUUUCAGCAGAAGGAAAUGCCAUGCUAAGAUUUUGUUAAUGUAUAAAAGUUUUGUUCAGUAUAUUGUUUAUUGUUUAGGAACAACACUAUGCUCAGGUAAACAAAAGAGUGUACAAAUCAAAAGUUGUUUAAAUAUAUUUUAGUUGUUUUUAGAAUUUUUAAAUGUUGUUUUUGUAUUUAUUUAUUAGAGAAAUGUUCAGUUGGAGGAUUAUCCAUUUCAAAUAAAUGUUAUACUUUGUAACUAAA